AUGGCAUCAGCCAAAGAUUCGGGACAAGGCCAAGAAGAUAGGGACCCGGCUAACCUAAACUUCGACUACAUGUUCAAGCUCCUGAUCAUUGGGAACAGCAGCGUGGGGAAGACGUCAUUCCUUUUCCGCUACACAGACGACUCAUUUACAUCAGCAUUUGUCAGCACAGUGGGCAUCGACUUUAAAGUAAAGACCAUCUACAGAAACAACAAGCGUAUCAAGCUACAGAUCUGGGACACAGCGGGUCAGGAACGCUACCGCACCAUCACCACAGCUUACUACAGAGGAGCCAUGGGCUUCCUUCUUAUAUAUGACAUUACAAGCCAGGAGUCCUUCGUGGCAGUACAAGACUGGGGAACACAAAUCAAGACAUACUCGUGGGAUAAUGCCCAGGUGGUGCUUGUUGGCAAUAAGUUGGACUUGGAGGAAGAAAGGAAGGUCCCCACUGAAGAGGCUCAGAGACUCGCUACAGAGCUAGGAUUCCAGUUCUUUGAGGCCAGCGCGAAAGAAUGCAUCAACGUGAAGCAGGUUUUUGACAAGAUAGUGGAUGUCAUCUGCGAUAAGAUGAACGAAAGCAUCAACAGUGACACCUCACCGUUGGCCAAUCACAAGGCAGCUUUCCUGAAGGACACGCCCGACGGCAUCCAGAGGGGUUGCGCAUGCUGA